GGCUUCGAGUGGGCUUUGUUGCUGGGCCCCACAUGGGCAAUGGGUGGGCAUUGAAUGGGCUAAAUUAACAUGGGCAAUAGGUGGGCUUUGUUGUUGGGCCCCACAUGGGCAGUUGGUGGGCAUUAAAUGGGCUAUUUAGCAUGGGCAAUAAGUGGGCUUUGUUGUUGGAGCCCAUAUGGGCAAUGGGUGGGCAUUGAAUGGGCUAAAUUAAGCAUGGGCAGUAAGUGGGCUCCAGCAAGGCUCCAUUUCAAUUCAAUUCAAAAACACAAGAAUUUUACUCCCACACCUCUAAGAUGCCAUAACAUAAUAUAAACAAUACAACGUUAAUUACAAUUGAAAAUAAAAUUUCUCAAUUUUAGAGCAUAAAAGAUAAAGUUUGCUAAAGCACACAUAUUCCGAGCACAACAAAGUUUGCAAUAACUGAAAAGAAAGCAGGCAUAUUCCAGUGCAACUCCUGCAGGAUAACCAAAGCAAGAAGCAAUGCAAACUGGGAAAUCUCCACCCCCUGUGAAAUGGAUACAUUUCGCGCAGUUUCUGCUGCUUGCUGACUGACUGGCUUUUGUCUCUGCUGCCUGUGAAGAGAAGAGUGCACGCACGAGUUGGAUCACUUAACAAAAGCAACAUAUGAAAGUGCACAUGCAAAAUUAUUGCAAGAGGAACGUAGACAUACUGACGUAAGCACAGAGCCUGAGUGUUCGGACGGUAUGGGCCGGGGGAAGCGAAAAAAGCGGCCAGUUGUCAUGUCCAGCGAAGAUGAGGAGAAUGAUGACAUCCAUCCUCUUCCUCCUCCACCCGGGGCUCUGCGAACGCCUCCACCUCUUCCUCCUCCACCCGGGGCUCUGCGAACGCCUCCACCUCUUCAGCGUGCACCCGGGGCUCUGCGAACGCCUGCAGAGACGCCUGCAGCUGCCGAGUCUUUCAUCCCAAGACAAAAUAUUCGGGAUGGCAUGUUUCAGCAUAUUUUGAGACUACUGGAGGACCUGAAAGACGCUCAAGUGGAACAUGGGAGAAUUCUCCAGGCCCUCGUGCAAAAUCGUCAAAACAUGCCUGACCUAAUUCGCACCACUCCUGAAGGUUUCCCCCUAAAGACAAUUACUGAUCUAAUGUCCAUGGAGGAGAAACUGCAAGACCCCACCUUCAUGGCAGAACUGAUUGCAGCUGUGGCUGACAUUGGAGGGGCCACUGUUGACGGGGCCACCCGCCGUAUGAUGGCCUUCCUCCUUGAACACAAGUUUUCAAGAGGGUUCAACUUCUUGGGAAGAAAUGGCAAGAGGGGCUUCAAGCCCCUCAAGCUGUUUGAAGUCGUUUUAUGGAGCCUUGAAGAAGAACACGAUGACUCGUACCAUCACAAGGAAGGAUGCGGAGAAGGCAGUCCCCAAAUGGCUCAUUAGGGCUAGGGACAGGGGGGGGAAUAGACAGGCCCGUCAGGCCAGAGUAGCAGCUCCUCCAGAAAUGCCAAUCAUGUAUUUUGUUGUGGAGUUCCUUGACAACUCUGUUGGGAUUGUAAGCAACAGCUGGACUAAUGGUGACAAUUCGAUGACCUUCUGGCCACCUUAUGCAGAUCCAAAUAAAUUUAAAAUGGCUCUAUUAACACAUGCAGUCCCUGGACCAGCGUGGACCACCCACACCAUCACAGUUUUGGGCACUGCAGGUAGGACUCUCCUUUUUUCAAGAAUUGAAAAUAAUGCUGAAUGCAAACAUUAAU